CCGUCGGUCGGUAAAGCUGGAGGAAUCCUACUGCUUUGGAAGCGGGCUUUGGUUUCCUUCGCCCCCCUCCUCUCUUCCCAGCAGUGUGUGGCUGGCCGUGUACAAUUUGCUGAUCAACCUUGCUGGAAUAUUGCAGUGAUUUAUGCGGACAAGGACCUGCAUGUCCGUCGUUCUCUUUGGGCCAGCAUCAAUUCCUGCCGGGAUGCUGAAAUCCCGCUCUUGGCCAUUGGGGAUUUCAACUGCAUCCUUUCCCAAGAUGAUAAAAAAGGUGGGCGCCCGUUUAGAACGUCUGCUGCUUCACUGGAUAUGGAGGAGUUUAUUCGCACCAAUGACCUGGUUGACCCUGGCUUUUUGGGGCCUAAAUUCACUUGGAGUAACAAUAAGGACGGGUUGAGUAAAAUUUGGGCUCGCCUCGACCGAUGUUUUAUCUCGACUUCUCUUCUGGAGGUGCAUCAGGAGUUCGAAGUCCGUCAUCUGUUACGGUUAGCCUCUGAUCACUGUCCUCUUCUUUGUUCCCUUUCCACACCCUCUCGUUUUCAACGCUCUGCUUGGAUUCGGUUUGAGGAUAUGUGGCUCUCCUAUCCUGCUGCGGGCCGCAUUGUGUCCAAAUGUUGGCACUGGGCUCCCCCUGGUGGCCCGGCUGAUGUUUUGCAGGCCAAAUGCCGUCGAACUCUUCGACAUCUUUUUUUUUGGAGCCGCAAUAAAAUUCAAGGGCUCCAUCAACUUCAACGUUCUCUCGAGCUGGACAUUGCGGCUCUUCAAGUAGCCGAUUGUUCGCCGGAAGGUCUCUCCCCUGUCCAAGAGGUGGAACUUCUUCGUAAGGUUCGUGAACUUAAUAGCACUCUUGCACGGAUAACCACGUGGUGGCAACAGCGUGCCAAGGUUCGAUGGCUGGAAGAGGGGGAUGCCAACACCCAUUACUUUCACUCUGUGGCUUCUUCUCGCCGUCGAGGUAAUCGUAUUCGGGAAAUGACUGAUGAAGGGGGAACUGUUUCUGGGGACA